UCCUUUCUCUAUAUAACAUAACAUCCCAUUAAGAACCACUUAAGCUUGUAAUUAUUACUUCCAUUUGUAAGUAUGGAUCAAGUAAAAGAGAAUAGAAAGCAAGAUACAAGAGAAGAAGAAAAUGAACAAGAAAAAUGGGUUCACGAUGGUUCUGUGGAUUUUAAAGGCAAAGUUCCUCUUCGUGCUUCAACUGGUGUUUGGAUUGCUUCUCUCUUUGUCCUCACAAUUGAAUUUAGUGAAAGAGUGAGCUUUUUUGGAAUAGCAGCAAAUCUGAUAUCCUAUCUUACUAAGGUGAUGCAUGAAGAUCUGAAAACAGCAGCGAAGAAUGUAAACUAUUGGACAGGAACAACAACCUUAAUGCCUCUGAUUGGUGGAUUUCUUGCCGAUGCUUACACUGGUCGAUUUCCUAUGGUCUUGUUUUCUUCCCUUGUUUACCUCAUGGGGUUAAGCCUAUUGACACUGUCUCAAUACAUCCCAAGUUUAAAGCCAUGCAACACAAAAACAUGUCUUCAACCAAGAAAGCUUCAUGAAGUAGUUUUCUUCCUUUCCCUUUACUGUAUCUCCGUUGGAACUGGAGGACAUAAACCAUGCUUAGAAAGCUUUGGAGCCGAUCAAUUCGACGAAGAUCACGUCGAAGAAAGGAAGAAGAAGAUGUCUUUCUUCAAUUGGUGGAGCUUCGCACUGUGUUUUGCAUUGCUGCUUGGUGCGACUGUGAUUGUUUAUGUUCAGGAUUUUGUUAGCUGGGGAGCUGCUUGUCUUAUUUUAACAAUUCUAAUGGCUCUAUGUAUCAUAGCUUUCUAUGUUGGAAAGCCAUUUUAUAGGUAUAGAAGGCCACAAGGAAACACAUUAAAACCAAUUUUACAGGUCCUAGUUGCAGCUAUAAGGAAAAGGAAAUUAUCUUGUCCUUCAAAUCCUGAUCUGUUGUAUGAAGUUCCAAAGUCAGAUAACUCCCAAGGAAGGCUUCUUUCAAAUACUAGCAAUCUAAGGUUUCUCGACAAGGCUGCAAUAAUAGAAGACACACAAGCUCCUAAAAAAAAGAAUCCAUGGGGAUUAGCAACAGUUACAAGAGUUGAAGAAACAAAGCUUAUUCUGAACAUAAUUCCCAUAUGGUUAACAUCAUUAACAACAGGAAUAUGUCUAGCACAAGGUUCAACACUCUUUGUUAAACAAGCAGCUUCUAUGAACUUGAAAGUAAAUGACAGUUUCUCAAUCCCACCAGCUUCUGUUUCCUCUGCAUCAGCUUUUGGAAUCUUAAUAUUUGUUCCAAUAUAUGACAGAGUUAUUGUUCCAAUUAUGAGAAAAAUCACUGGUAAUGAAAGAGGAAUCAGCAUCCUUAGAAGAAUUUCCAUUGGCAUAGCAUUUUCAGUCAUAGUUAUGAUUGUUGCAGCAUUAGUAGAAGCUAAGAGACUUAGAAUGCAUGAACAUGAAAUCUUGAGAACAGGGGAAACAGGGGAAAAGACUAUGAGAAUGAGUGUAUUUUGGUUAGUACCUCAAUAUUUUCUUCUUGGCUUUGGUGAUGCAUUUUCUCUUAUUGGUUUACAAGAAUAUUUUUAUGACCAAGUUCCUGAUUCAAUGAGAAGCUUAGGAAUGGCUUUAUAUCUUAGUGUGCUUGGAGUUGGAAGUUUCUUAGGCAGUUUCUUAAUCAUUAUUGUGGAUCAUGUGACAGAAAAGAAUGGAAAAAGUUGGUUUGGGAAGGAUAUAAAUUCAAGUCGUUUGGAUAGGUACUAUUGGAUGUUGGCUAUUAUUAAUGCUUUGAAUUUGUGUGCCUAUAUUUUCAUAGCAAAUAGGUAUACUUAUAAGAAGGUACAGAGGAUUGGUAAUGAAAUUAAUGAUGGUAAGAGUGAUGGAGUAGAGAUCAUGGCAUGAUGAAAGAUCUCUUAGCCGGUUUUGUUAGAGCUUGCACCGAAGAUUUAGCUUUUGAUAAAUAAUAUAAAUAAAAUGUCUCACAAUACAUGUAUAAUAACAACUAUAUGUUGUCUAUAUUUUGUGAUUAAAUAAAGACCCUUUCUAGAAGAUAAAUAUAUAUAA